AUGACCUCAACGACGUACUACCCGUCGAGUUCGCUGUCGCGUCACUCAUCCAAGUACAACUUUUCGUCAGGUAGUACGAGCAAGUUUUACCUGAACUCCAGUCCGUCGUCAGCAUCCUCGUCAUCCUCCUCCUCCUCCUCCACUGCUUCUUCAGCCAGCUCCAGCUACCUGAGGACGCGAUCAUCCUAUGAUCUCAAUCUCAACUCCUACCGACCCUCGUCCUACUCAAGUCCUAGCUCUAGAUCAUACACGUCUAGUUCAUUUCUAUCGAGCAAGUACUCACCAGUCAGGCAGUCAGGCAGUCAGUCUGUUCCGAAGCGGCAUCAGCCACCAUCGGCACUCAACGGCGCUCCACUUAAGAAGUGUCACUUGAUUUACUGCACCCGAGCACCACCACCAACUACCAACCUACUGCCUAGCUUCGAGUGCCCAGUUCAGCAGUCCUUGCAAAGCGAGCUUGUCACCCAUCUACCUAUCUACCCCAUUGAACAUAAUGGCGUUAGUUGGCACUCAGAAAUAACCUUCUCACCCCACUAUGGCCCUACAGGCUCGACAUACUCAUCCACCCCAGUCACGCUGACCAGAUUCAACCAGCGACGAACUAGUCUCGACUACAACAAUGAUUCCGAUUCCACUUCAAAGGACCGGAGGAUACCAGUAGCAGUAGCAGUGAAAGCAAUAAUGAAAUACCGAUUGACAGAGACAGCCGCUGUCGCUGCCGACAACGAACUGCACAAUUGA